UCGGCUCCCUUCAUUCACGCUGUGGGCUCGGGGGGAUCAGUGUGCGCCGCUUCUCUCGGGCUGAAGACCCCCGGUGCUGCGCCAUGUCCAGCGAAGGAGACUCUGGAGGUCAGGUGUCCACGACGUCGGUCAGCACCAUCGCCGUGCAGGCUGGCCAGUCGCGUAUCAUCGUGGCGCUCCUCAAGUGUGGGAUGCUAGUUGAGCUGCAGCUGGCCGAGGCGGCACCAAACCUCCUGGAGAUUGGCAGCAGUCAAGAUGAGAGCCAGCAGUUACUGGCCGAGCAUGAACUCCUGAUGAAGAAGCUCAAGGCAAAUGAAGAUGGCGUGUGGAGUUUACUGAGCGAGGCAGACAGGGUGGCAGAGGAGAAUGCGGAUCAGGAGCUCGUGUAUGACGCCAUGGCCAGGACCCUGAGCGAGGGUUGGGUGGCUCUGGUGGGCCUGCUGGAAAAACGCCGGGGGCUGCUGCUGCUCGCCUCUGAGUUCUUUGACCGGGCGCUGGAGUUUGCCAUCAAAAUCGACGAAGCGGAGGAACUACAGCGAGAACUCAAAGGUGGUCCUGAUCCUGGGCAUCUGGAGGACUUCCUUCACAAGCACAAUGGCAUCAAGAAAGUUCUUCUGGAGAAGUCCAUGGCCCUGCUCAACAAAAGCCAGGAGCUCCUCAGCUUCAUCAAGGACUUCCAGCAGGUGGAGGCCUUUACCAACGUGGACGCAGCCCGUCAUGCCCGUGCCAGCUGCCUGCAGGUGGACAGCCUGAUGGAGGUGCUGCAGGACAGAAGGCGACAGGUGGAGCGGCAGCUGAAACAGCAACUGCGUGACUUGGAGGGUCGCGUGGGCGCCAGUCAGUGGGCUCAGGAGGAGCAGGAGGUCACCUCCUGGUUCAAAGAAAACAUGAAAGCCCACCUGGAAAAAGAGCAGCUGGGUGCCUCGCUGUCUGAAAAUGAAAACCUGCUACAAGAAUCCAAAGAGCUGGAGAAAAAGGCCAGAGAGUGGAGUCUGCGGGCAGACAGGCUGGUGGCCACAGCUAAGGAACUUCUGGCGGCGGAGACCUGUGGAGAGCAGGAACGGCUGGCGGUCCGCAGCAAGGAGCUGGUGGCCCUGCAGGGGGAGUUCUGGCACCUCCUGCUGGAGAGAAUGACGCGUCUGCAGGAGGCCAACUUGUUUUUCAGCAGUGCCAAUAAGGCCUUUGACAUCUUAGGGACCAUCGAAGGGCAUCUCAAAGCGCUGGGCACUCGGGCUCUGGCUUUGCCCGCACUUGCCAAGAAGCACGAGGAGCUCCUGAAAAGCGUCAAGGACACCGCCGCUGAUGCCCUGCAGAAGGGGCAGGCCUUCCUGAAGAGACCCCAGAGCACAUCAAGCAGUGGGAUUGAGAAAAUGGUGGGCUACAUCCAGGCCAGAGUGGAUCACCUGAGCAGCCAGUGUUACGGCCACCGGGACCUCAGCACUGCAUGGCAGAAGCUCAUCUCUGGCAUCGAGGACCACGCUGACAAGGUGUCCAGCUGGAUCCACAUGUGCAGCGCCGUCCUUGCUGGGACCCUGGACCCGGGGUCUUCUCUCUCUGAAUCGGAAGAUGUCCUAAACAAACACCUGGAGAUGACCUCACAAAGCAAGGAUAUGGAAGCUGAGCUUGUGGCAAUGGGUGACCUCAUUGCAGAACUCCUCACACUUGAGUGCCCAGAAGUGGCCGAGUCUUCCAACAAAGCCUGCCUGCUGAGUGAUCAGCUCAAAACACUGAGCCGCAACAUCAGUGCCCGGGCUGAGCACAUCAAGACCUACGUGACCUUCUUGAAGUCGGCCGAGGAGAUCGAUGAACAGAUGGACACCCUGGAAGAAUUUUACCGGAGCAAACCACUUGAGGAUGACAAGGACGAGGACAAGGGGGCUCUGGAACAGGCCGACAGCAGAUGGCACUCGCUGCUUGAGAUGUUCCUCACGGUGCAGGACCAGGGCCACAGCUUCAUUAACUCUUCUAAAAUGGUUAGUGCCAGCUUGAAUGUGAAUGUGGAGAAGGGUGUGACGGUGGUGGAAAACAUGAUGGCCAGUCUAGCCAAGAAGAAGGCAGCGCUGGCAGACCUGUGGACCACCUGGCAGCUGCAUGCCAACCAAAUGAAAUCUGUGAAGAAGCAAUGGAAGAAGUUCAAGGAGCAGCUGAAGAAGACGCUGCAGGAUUUGAAGGUGGUGGAGGAUGGGCUCAUGCCAACAACCAAAGUGGACCUAGGGAGCGACCUGGGGGCCGUCACUCGGCUUAAGGAGCAUUUCGAGCACAUCAAGCCCCAGUUCCAGCAAAUCAAUGCAGAAGUCGAGUAUCUGGUGAAGAUCUCGGAAUUGCUGGCCUUGAAAGGAAUUCCAAACAAGGAGAAGAAUGAGAAGGUGGAUGAGCUCCUCCACGUCCACAAGCAAGUGAAGGAGAAAAUCAAAGAGUACGAGGGGGUCCUGAACAUGGCGCUCAGGUUCCACCAGCUCGGUGCUGAGCUGGAGAGUCUGUUGGGGUCUCAGUCUGUGCCUGCGAUUCCCAAUAUGAGCCAAGCCAAGAUUCAGCUGAGCCAGCACCAAGAGAAGCAGGUCCACAUCAGGAGCGUCUACCAGCUGGCCGUCACCCUCGGGACAGACAUCAGCAGGGCAGUGCAGCAGUCGAAAGCUCUCAGGUUUUCAACGGAGCAACUGAAACAAAAGGUGGACUCCCUGAAGUCGGAGAGCGUCAGCUGGACCACCGAGGCCAACAAAUGCGAGGAGAGCCUCCUGAGCAACGUCAACUACUGUGCUGUGAAGGAGGAGACCACGGAGCUCAGAGAGUCCUUUAAGGACCUCAAGAAGAAAUUCAACAAUCUAAAAUUCAACUACAUGAAGAAGAACGACAAGGCCCGGAACAUGAAAGCGGUCAAAUAUCAACUCCAGCAGGUCGAGAUGUACGCGGAGAAAAUUCAGGUCCUGCAGAAGAAACUGGGCAGCUUCACCGCCAAAGUGAGCGCCGCCGCUGAACGGCAGGCCUUGGGAGAGAAUCCUGGGGAAGUCGAGGAGGUGCUGGGCGAGCUGCAGAAGCAGGUGGCCGACUUCGACAAGACGGUGGUGGAGUACAAGCAGCACCUGGACAUGUCUGUGCGGCUGCAGCAGGCCAUGGAAGAGUAUCAGUUCUGGUGUGAAGAAGCCAGUGCCACGGUGGUGCGAGUCGGGAGGUACUCCUCUGAAUGCCAAACCAAGGAGGCAGUGGGCAUCCUGUACAAGCAGUUUGAGAAGUUCGUCUGGCCCACCGUGCCCCAGCAGGAGGAGAGGAUUAACCAGAUCACAGAGCUGGCUGUGCGGCUGCAUGGAGCCGAGGAGGGAAAGAAAUUUGUGGAGAAGACGGUCAGCAAGCACACCGAGAUCCUGGAGUCCAUAAAGGAAUUGUGCAACGGCUUACGAGACCUGGAGGAGAAACUGCAGGCGGAGGCUGAUAAGGAAACGGACAAAAAGAUGGAGGAGAACAACUCACGGCGGCAGGACACCAAGAUGGAGAGCGGGAGUCGUGUGGAUCUAAAGAGCGAACCGGAUGCCAAGAGGGGCCUUAGGGCCAAAAACCACAGCCAGAGUGAAGAGCGAGAAUUGAAGAGCCCACCACAGGAGGAGCGAGAUGGCAGCUCCGAGCAGACCAAGUGUUUCUUGUCGACUGCGCGACCUCUGCAGCUCUCUGCCUCCCCACUGGUGCCAAAGAGGAAGCUGACGGUCCUUCCACAGGCUGGACAGCGGGCACCAGACACUCUGCCCACCGCUCACGAGGUGCCUGCGGGGUUUUCGGAGUCGCCGGUUGUUGACGUGGAUGGCGGUGGUCUUUCUCAGAGGAAACAAGAGGAGCCCCAGCAUUCAGAGGACCUCGACUUCUCAGAAGGUUGCAUGCCGGCCGAAGUGGACCUUCACAAUGAGUUCUUCAUGGAGGAGACCAUGUCAAAUGAUGAAUAUGAUUGCGCUUCACCAGAUGACAUCUCCCUGCCUCCCCUCUCUGAGACCCCUGAGUCCAACAUUCUGCAUUCGGAGACUGACCUGGAUGAGGGCGCUCAGAGUCCACAUGGUAACCAGUUCAGCCAGCAGGGAGCGUCACACUUUGCAAACAGAAUGACUGGCAGUUUUGACGUCCUCACGCCUGGCGCUGCUGCCGAGGUGACAAGCAGGAGGCGUGAGUGGACCCUGAGUGCCCCCGAGGGCUGCCCAUCGCCCGGAGGGAGUCAGUAUCCUAAAUUCAGGUCAGAAUCAUCAUCCUUUGUCCGCAGUCCACUGACUGUCCCAGCACCAACCAUCAUCUCCAGCACCCUGUCCAGCAUCCUGAAAAGCAAAGCCAGUGGCAGCACCCAGAGCAGCGGCACCCUGCGCCAACGCCAGGAGACCCACUACGCCAUUCACGAGAGUUUCUCAGAGAUGCAGGAGAAAGUGGUUGACUCCCAAAAUCUUCAUCCCUCUGUCAUCUUAGGGGCGCCAUCCACCCAGGCAUCUCUUAGUGGCGAGUCUGAAUUGGACAUCUGCAAGCCCACCACCAUUCGGGAAGAAAUCAGGCUGUCGCCGGGCAGCCGAGGCAGCACCAGCGUGACGGGCCAAGGCCCGGGCUUCUCCAAACUCUUAGCUAAUGCCUCUGUCAAAGAGGGCUCCCCCGUCACCCUGGAGGUGGAAGUGACUGGAUAUCCAGAACCCGCUCUCACCUGGUACAGGAACGGCCAGAAAGUGAGCGGAGACGAACGCGUGACACUCUCACGCAAAGAAGGCAAGCACAGCAUCUUCAUUGCCAAGGCCAUCGACAAAGACGCAGGCUUGUAUGUCGCCCGGGCCAAAAACUCGAGUGGCACGUUGUCAUCUAGCGCCAUCCUGCAAGUCCAAGCGUCUUGGGGUGGUGCUUACCAUGAAAGGCGCUAUAUGAAAUAAAGCUUGGCUGAUUGAAGUACAAGGGGCUCGAUAGAAUUAAAGAAGAAUGUGGCAGAAAUGCAGACAGCAGGGAGAGGGCGCUGUGCCUGCCUUUGGCUUCAGCUUACUUGCUUCGUCCACUGCUUUCACUUCUUCACCACUAGGGGCCGCUGGAGCCGUCCAUUCAUCCUCAGUUUUCAAAUUCAGCCCUUCAGAGUUGCUCAUCACGUCCACCAGCUGUCGCCGUCAUUUUUGUCUUCGGUUUCUUAUUAAUAAUUUCUGCACACUUAUGCACAAUUCUACACCGUAUUUCUACCUAUGAAUUAGUCUCAUUUUUAUAAUGGUGGCGCUGUGUAGUGCCUUUUAAGAUUGUGUUAUGAACUGGAGCUUCCUCACAGGGAGGAGGAGUGUGAGAUCCUGAAAAACGAGGAAGGGAGUCGGCCGGAAUCUGAACUGGUCUGUCCAGCCGAAGCUCACCUGACUUCAGCCAGAGAAGGACUCAAAAUGGGGAGCUGGCAAGAAAACUCGAACAUCACAGCAGAUAAUAAAACUUGUGUGGAUUGGUGGCCAAGUUCUGGAGCUGCUGCCUCCCAACAAGGUGACCAGGGUGCGCGUUGACCCUGCGUUGGACUGACGUCCUGUCCAGAUGUUACUCCUGCCUUGUGCUUGAUGCUUACUGGGCACCAGCUGACACUGCUCAGGAUUAAACAGGUUUAGAAAAUGGAAGCAUAGAUGACAAAAGUCCCACAAGAGGAGGGAUGACCAUAUGGGAAAAUAACAAAUAUUUAUGAUUAAAUGAUUUAUGAAUAAAAAAAAAUAUAGGAUCAAAAGAAUAAAAAUGGGGGCAAACGAGUUGUCUAAAAGGAAAUCCCAGAUGGACAAGUUCAAAUCCACAACCCAGAAAUUGGAAUCUUACACACAGAACCAUUGAUUCCCAACUCCUGAGCCUUCACCACCAAUCUGAAUUGCCUGAGGGUGAGAGCUGAUUUUGUGAGUAAACCGGGGGAAGCGGCAAAACAAAAGAAAAUAAAAAUAAACCGGAACGACCGGAGCUCAGACGAGAGGCAAAAAUCAAAAACAAAUAACAGCCAUUAAGUCAUAACCAGGGAAAACAAGAAAAGAAAGCAAAAUGAAAGUAAGGAAUUCUAUCCUCAGCGUGGAUAAGGUGCCUAGUGAAAGGCUGACCUUCAAUGCCAGUUGUUAAACAAGUCAGGGUCAUGACCUCGGAGACCCCGCCCCUAGAGACGUGACCCUGACAGCGGUAUGCAAAUGGCUUCUCUUCAAGAAACAGGCUACAAAGUUUACAGCCUAAAUCGUGACAGGUGACAUCAGGGUGGGCCCGCCUCCUAGGGCUCCACCCACAAAGAAUAAGGAGCAUAUAGAAAUUUAAAGAGACAGUGCACAACAUUAAACAACCAAAAUGUAUGAAAAAACAUGACAACUCAAAAACAACAGAAAGAGACAUCAACAUGUAGAAUUCCAUAAGAGUUCAUGGGUGCUGCCAUUUUGUGUUUGCGUUCCAUGGUGCAGCCCAGGGCCUUCUUAACAUAUGGGCACAAUGGGCACUGGCCGGGGCCCACACUGUUUCUGAUGCCUAUGUAUGUUUCUGUUUUGGUAUCAAAACGGGGGCCCCAGCAAACUACUUUGUCCGGGGGUCUAUGAUGCUGGUAAGACAAAUGAAAGACAGCCCUGGUGCGGCCGUACUGCUCACCGUUGUGAGGCCUGUCACCAUUCAUGGCCCACAUACAUAAGCAGGCGUAUAAUUGGAGUUUCUUUGGAUCACAGAAUUCUUUUCUAUUUUCUGUUGUUUUCAGAAAGUAAUGAGAGUCCGCCAUCUUGAUUUUGCUGCCUGUCGCCAUGUUAGGAGUGCUUGUUGACUGGGGGCGUGGCCUGAGAGGCCGUGACCCAUGACCAACAUUGAUGUGAUGGCUUAAAAAGUCACCUGUUCCUAAUCCGAGUUUGCGGAAGAAAAAUAAAUCUCCAUGUGCUGGUUGUUUGCGCUCCAUCCAUCCUUUGUCCAACCUGCUAUAUCCUAACUACAGGGUCACGGGGGUCUGCUGGAGCCAAUCCCAGCCAACACAGGGGCGCAAGGCAGGAAACAAACCCCGGGCAGGGCACCAAACCACUGCAGUGUUUGUACCCUUUAUUAUUAAAGCUUUAGUCCCCUUUUGUUUUUGACUUCAACUCUGAUUUUUGGUUGUUGGGGACAAAAGACAGGAUGGCGGAUGUCCCCUCAGUCUUUUUGUGAGUUUUGUUGUUGUUUUUUCUCCUGGUCACCACCAGUAUUCUCAAUUUGCUCCGUUUUGGCAAACUGUAACACCCUAAUUUUCUAGAAAUGUUCAGUUAAUAAAAUUUUACCCAAUAAUACAAGCGAGCGUACAUGUGGACAGGUGACAUUUGGACCGUGUGACAUACAAUACCAUACAGUACCAUUUAUUUGUGUGUAGCCCAAAAUCACACAAGGAGUGCCACAAUGAGCUUUAACAGGCCCUGCCUCUUGACAGCCCCCCAGCC